AUGGCCGACUUCACAAUGUCGACGGCAUCGCAGACCCUCGACGCCGUUUACAACUCUUUGGCUCCCUUAUGGGUUGAGCUCUCCUUCUUGUUCUUCUUUUCCAUGGGUUUCUUCUACCUUCGCGCCGACACGUUCAAAAAGAGCAAAAAGGGCAAGAUGAAAGGUGGCCCGCCCACUUUUCGACCCUCCGCCCGAAGGACCAUGGAGACCGAAGCUGCAGCAGGCAAUGCCUCCAAGCUUCUGCAGGCCUGGCGCGAUGAGCAGGCACAGGCGCCCACGCCGAAAGACCUCCUGAAGCCUGUGGUGCAAGCCUUCGUGGAUGCAGAGCCGGAACAGCUCGUCGACGAACUCGUUGAGCACCUCCGCUUGCACAAGGAGGUUCUGGUGAACUCUUGGGCAGGGACCGUCAUCUUGGACACGGUGGCUCGUUCAGGAAACGUGGAAGUGAUGAUGGAUUUGUGGGACGUCUACCAAAAGAAGCUUUGCCUCGCUCGCAGCUGCUCCAUGUAUGAGGUGGUCUUGGGCGGCUUCGCCUCCGCCGGCCAUCCUGAUCGGGUCGAAGAGUUUGAGCACAUGAUGCGGAAGGAUCGGCUCAAGCUCUCGCCACGCGGGCACUCCUUGAUUAUCAAAGGCUUCUUGAAGAAUGGCUUGGUGGAUGAGGUUCUCAAGAGGAUUGUCUCCAUGACCAAAUCGGGUCAUGUUGUUCCAGCCUUUGCUGUGGCGCAGUUCCUUCGUGUGGCGGCUGAGGGUUCAAAGGCAGCAGCCAUGUAUCAGAAGCUUAUCGAACACGGCGUGGCACUGGGAACGGAGGCAGUUACAGUCAUUCUCGAAGAUUGUGUUCGCAAUCAUGAUGCCAAGCUUGCCAGAGAAGUGGAGAAGGCAGCGCGAGAGGCCAAGGUCUCCUUCGGAGUGCACGCAUAUGAUGCGCUGCUCAAGGUCUUUGCUGAGGACUGCGAUGUUCAUGCACUUGAGAUCUUCAAGGAAAUGCAAGCCGAAGGUCACACCAUCAGCGAAGGGCUGUGUGUGGGUCUCCUCGCCCGCUGUGCGGACGGCAAGUUCCUUAGCUUUGCGGAGGAGAUCGUCCGCUUCGUGCGAGCGGGCCCGGGGAUGAGCAUUGCGGUUUACAGUGGCUUGAUGAAGGUUUAUGCUUACUCCGGGAUGUACAGCAAGGCCUGUGACUUAUACGACCAGAUCCGCCAAGACGGCCUGGAGCCGGACACGAUGAUGUACGGCUGUCUCAUGAAGUUCUCCGUUGAGUGUGGUCGGACCCAGCUCUCCCAGGAGCUCUCCGAGAAGCUCUCCGUCCUGGACAUCCAGAACUACAUGUCGCUCAUCAAAGCCGCCGGCCGUGACCGUGAUGUGGACAGGGCCUUUUCCAUCAUCCAGCGCCUGCGCGAGAACAACGUGAAACCGGACGCCAUUGCCUUCAACUGUGUGCUCGAUGUCUGUGUCAAGGCUGGUGACCUGGUCCGGGCGCGAAAGCUUGUACAGGAGAUGAAGGAGCUGGAACUGCUUGACAUCAUCACAUACAACACCCUCUUGAAGGGCUAUUGCACGAAAAGCGAUCUCAAAGGUGCCAAGGAGCUCCUGUCGGAGAUGUCAGAAGCGGGAUUCCAGCCCAACGACGUCUCCUACAACUGCAUUUUGAACACGGCUGUGAACAAUGGUAGCUUCGAGGAGGCUUGGGACACCAUCGCAAAGAUGGAGCAAAUGAAUGUGCCUCCCGACCACUACACGGUGUCGAUUAUGCUCAAAGCGCUGAAGAGGGCAAAGGGACAGAAAGAUGUCAGCCGAUGCUUGAACUUCUUGGACCGCUCCCACAUCGAUCCCUGCUCUGAUGAAAUUUUGAUGAACACGGUUUUGGAGACAUACAUCCGGCACAAGGAGUUCAGGCGGCUAGAGACUCUCCUCCACAAAUUCGAGCAGUCCAACUUGCGGCCAUCGGUUCCCACCUACGGCUCCAUCAUCAAGGCCUACGCCAACCUCAAGUGCCCCGAGAAGUGUUGGCACUACUGGAAUGAGAUGCAGGGGCAGCGAGGGCUGGAGCCGAACGACAUCGUGUAUGGCUGCAUGCUUGAUGCCUUGGUCUGUAACGGACAAGUCGACGAAGCCGUUCAACUCUUCGAGAAGAGCAACUUGAAGCCGAAUGCCGUGCUCUGCUCCAUUCUUGUGAAAGGAUUCACAACCACUGGCCAGUCUAAGAGGGCCAUGGAUCUUUGGCACGACAUGCGGCGCAAAGGUGUGCGAAUGAACACGGCAGCCUGCAAUGCCUUCGUGGAUGCGCAAGCACGGAUUGGUAACAUGGAGGACGUGCUGGAGAUAGUUCAAGCUAUGGAUAAGGACAACUGCCAGCCCGAUGGCAUCACCCACUCGACCAUCGUUAAGGGAUACUCCGUGAGAGGUGAUCUGGACAAGGCCAUGGAAGUCUUGCGUGGCAUGCAGGAAAGUGGCGUCUACCAUGAUGCCAUCGUCUACAACACAAUCUUGGACGGUUGCACCAAGCACAAGCGAUCUGACUUGGUCGACCGGAUUCUCCAAAGCAUGGAGGAGCACAGGAUUGCCCCCACCAACUUCACUCUUGGCAUCCUGGUGAAGUUUUACAGCCGCCAGAAGCAGUUGGAGAAGGCCUUUCAGGCCAUGGCCUCCCUGCCGAAGCGGGGCAGUUUCGUACCAAACUGCCAAGUGUGGUCGUGUCUGAUGGGUGCCUGCUUGAUGAACGGAUCCCCGGCCAAGGCUUUACAAGUCUUCCGUGACAUGCGACAGGCAGGCCAGAGUGCCGACACCCGUGCCUGCACAUCUCUUGUGUCCGGCUUGGUCCGAAUGGGACAGAUGAGAGAGGCUGUCCAGGUGGUCGAGGAGGUUUAUGGCCUGAACGGUGGCAAAGGUAUGAAGAACCACGGUGUUUCCAUUGAGCAAGACUGUUUGGAGAGCUUGCUGGCCGCUUUGGUCCAGAAGGGCCUCCGCGAGGAGCUGGCUGCACCUUUGCUGGAGCGGCUCCGUGCCGCGAAGGUCCAGAUCACCGGCAAACUCAUGGCUGCCACCCUUGCAGAGGAGCGCUCCCCGGAGCGUGCCGAGCGUGCCGGCCGUCAGUUCAAAGGCCGUGAUGGUGGUCGCUUCUGA